AUGUACAACACACUGAAGGUGACCGGGCCAGGGCUGGACAAGGUUGAAGCACCAGACAACCCCAAUGAAGGAGCGCCCCAGGAGGAGUCGUGGACCAACAUAAACGACACCAGGACGAUCUACUACAAGUUCGAGACCAAGUUCAUCAUGACUGCGACUCCACCACACAGACACGCCUAUGUAGAGGGCUUUGCUGUUGGCAUCAUCAAAGCCAAGGCAACAUUUGAAGUUACAAGAAACAACUCUGUCAUUAUGAGUACUGUACGACCCUGCAAUGGCUCCAGUAAAACGGCACCUCAUCAGUCUAAGCUGACCUGCGAAGAAGACGUCAGUGCGGAAACGUUUCUCUCGCUUCCAGUGGAGAGUGGCGACAUAAUGGAAUUCACAUUCGAGGCAACUAAUGGCGGCUACGUUAAAGUGAGGAACAAGGAGAGCGGCAUCCUCGUCACCUACUACUACGAAGGGAAGACACAAAUCAAUCGCUACAUUCUCGGGUUCGACUUCAUAGACCCACAUCACUGCAGUGUAGAUGUGGAGGAGAACUGCACGGAGGACAUGAUAUCUCUGGCCAAGACCCACAUACAGGUCAUUGGGGGCCCCUACCAAUGUGUUGAUGACUUUGAUAUACACCUGCAAAGUAUUCUCCUGUCUCCAAGCCCCGAUCAAUGUGAUGGUGACUCUCCUGCCCCUACCAAUGUGAUGGUGACUCUCCUGUACACCUGCAAUGUAUUCUUCUGUCUGCAGGCCCCGAUCAAUGUCUCCUGGCAAGGUUGGAGGGAUGAUGUACUGUCGUACUCCUACUUGGUGUCGGUCUCUGAACUUCAUGACGAACAUCCCAACACAAGUGACUCUCGACUUGUGGAGAAAUCGCUGGCCUUUGAAUCUGACAGACAUAGAGGCGAGGUAUGCUGUUGUCAAAGUGUCGGAAGUAAUCAAACGCAGCCAUUAUGGUCUCGACAACUCAUCCGUGCUGAUAUCUACCAGUCAGUUUCGUCUGUCACACCCCGGGUGUAUGCGCUUGUGUUAACUGCUUACGACAAGGCUGAGAACAGCAAGAGUGCUCGGCGAAUAUUCAUCUACGAUGAGGUGUCAAAUGUGGACGUGGUCCAUGGUACGAGGCUGUUGGUGACGUCCUCAGCACCAAUAGCACGUAAUCGCUGGCAGUGGAACACGACCGGCGUAUCUGUGGAUUGGGAGAAGAGGUAUAUCAACACGCUCCAUUUGAACAAUGGAUGGCUGAAGCAAGUAGCCCCCUCGCAUGACGUCACAAGUGACUAUGACGAUAACAAUCACUCCAGGGGAAUAGACGCCAUUGAUCAUGUACAGGCCAUAGUUGAAUACCGCACCGCCUUCCUGACUGACCACAGUGGGGGUAGUAUCAUCCCCUCUCCCCCUCCUGACGCCGAGUUCCAGAGCCAGGGUCUGAUGCAGCACCAGACGAUCACGCCAGUGCUCGUGGACGGAGACACCGUGAGGUUCUGGGUCAGGGCGUACGACGUCAGACGUGAACUCCUUGAGGAGAGUGUGACUGUCCACGUGGACACGUCCCCUCCAGUCAUAGAGAACCUGUGGCUCACCAGGGGAGACCGACUCAACAUCACCGUUCACAGAGUAGAGGAAUUCAAUGAAAUGACAUUUGAGUGGCUAGCCUUUGAUGACCACAGUGGUCUGGAGACUGUCUCCUGGAGAAUCUACGACCACUUUACCGGCUCCACCAUCUACCACGGAGAAGACCAUAUUUCACCCUCAAGGUAG